AUGGCCGACAACGACAAUUUGAUUGCGCCGCCCACCUCAAUUCCUCCUACCAGGAACCGCAAUCUGGUACCUCCUGACACUCCCCGACACGAUCGAAUGUCGUCCACCGAGCCCCUCACGUCUACAGCUUUCAUCAAGGACGAUGUGUUCAUCGCAGCCGCCAACGAGAUGAAGGGGAAAUUUGUUGGAUUCAUAAAGCCAGAGGUCUUUCUCGACCGCUUUCUACCAAUUUCGGUGAAUGCACCUGCUAUGCCGCCAGUCAAUCGCGACGAGUUCGUUCCUAUCGCGCAGUUGCAGAAGGAGCCAGAUAUGUAUCAUCCCUUGAUAAAGGCUCUCGAACCGUUCUGCAAAGACAUCACGUUGGUCAAUACGUCUGCCGUGGAAGAUAAGGGGACUAGAGCCUUGCUUCACCGGAGCGUCAAGCCCGACAUUUCCUGCUAUAAAUCUGAUGAAGUCCCUGCGGGGCCUGACAUCACCUGCGCCCGGAGUAUGCUGAGCUACAUUGAAUUGAAGAACCACGAGCACGACGAACCAUUCGGCGUGGCCAGCAAGGAUCCCAUCGAGCGGACCUCGGACGGCGCACGCGACACGCGAGGUCAACUGGCGACUUACGCCAACGCCAUUCAGGCAACUCAAUUCCGAACUCACGUCCUUUCUGUUGUCAUUAAUCGCUCUCGCUGCCGCUUCAUCCACUGGACUCGAAGCUGCGCCAUCGUCACGGAAGGCUUUGAUUACACCUCGGAAGAUUGGCUUGCGAAGUUCUUUUGGCGCCUCUCUCACGCCGGUGACGUCGCUCGUGGCCUCGAUACGAGUGUUAUUCCGCUGAAUACAGUUUCUGAGGAGACAACACGUGCCCGCCGGGCCCUGGGCAUCACAGAUGAAGUCCCGAUCUUCAAGAUAUCGGUCACCGACGAUCAAACCAAGAAGACCAGCUAUUACAUCGUCAGUGAACCCUUCACGAAAAAUCACGUUCACCCUCUCGGCCGUGGCACGCGGUGUUUUCAAGCUUUCGACUGUCAAACGAAAGCCAUCGUUCUCCUCAAAGAUACAUGGCGGAUCGAGGGGUACGAAAAGGAGGGCGAUAUCUAUCGAGAGCUGCAUAAGCAUGGUGUCUCGUAUAUCGCAGGCCUCGUGGCAGCAGGUGAUGUAGGCGGUGUGACGAAUACCUGCGGCAAGACAAGCGAGACGUCGAAGCAUCGCGUCCACGUUCAUUACCGUCUUGUACUGGACACUGUCGGCUCCCACCUCACCGACUUUGACUCGACCCACGAGAUGGUGACAGCAGUGCACUGCGCACUCAUCGCCCACUUUGAGGCGGUGACCAAGGCGGGAAUACUUCAUCGCGAUGUUUCUGUCGGAAAUAUCAUCAUCACCGAUUCCGGAGGUUUGCUCAUCGACUGGGAGCUCUCCAAGAAGCUGAGCUUAAUAGGGGCGCGAGUCCUCGAGAGAACGGGAACCUGGCAAUUUGUGUCGAUACGUUUACAUGAAGGCCUUGGUAAGCUUAUUCACAGGGUCGGUGACGACCUAGAAUCUUUCCUCUGGGUUCUUGUCUGGGUCGCUCUUCGGAACGCCAAAAAUGACAUGACCAUCCCGCAACGAGCACUGUUUCUGCAAGCCUUCGACUACUCUGUUGAUGGAGAGGGUGGAUUGGCAAGGAGGAACUAUAUUGAAAAAGACUAUCUGGCCAUCAAGCGAAUCAAGCUGUCAAACGAGUUCUUUUCGCGCAUCCUCAGUACUCUUUGGUCCAAAUUCGGUGGUCGGUAUGGUACCGUUCUUUUCGACAUGAAAGACACGGAUGACCAUGCUGCGGCGGAGAAGUGGUUGGCGGAGCUGGAAUCGCACGAGUGGAUGCUCGGUGAGGUGGAAAAGGCGCUGAAGGACGAGGAGUGGCGCAACUGCGGCCGUGAUGGCUCGGUUAAACAAGAGUAUCAUACCUCCCUUCCUUCAACUAGCCGGAAACGCAAGGGAUCAGACUCAUACCCUGAUCUCCCAAGACAUACACGUCGCCACUGA